UGCUGUAUUGAUACAGCGUUAUGUGCGAGGAGGAAGGUGAGAGGUGUUCGGCUCCUAAUCCUCUUAACUGCGUUAUGCUGACCGUCGUCCAAGCUCUGACAUGCUGUGCGCCCUUGUAGCUCCCCCAAACCCCGGAGUCAGCAUCUCUGCGUCCGUUACGCACAGCUGGAGGGACGUGUGCAGCGGCGAGGGAGCGAGCAGCACGCGCAACAGUCCUUCCACAGGUUGCAGCUGCCUGCUGUAGAAGAUGAAACACACUUGUCCGUUUGUGUGUGUGUGUGUCUUAUCCAUUGGCCAUUGGUGUCUUCCCGCCACAUUACGGAGUUGAAACCAUCAAGGAAUAACAAUGCAUCCGACAUAACUUCCUGUUUGGAAUCAAGACCACAAGGGCAAUGAAGGUGCACUCUCCCCCGAGGAGGAGACUCAAGCGCAGUCGCCUCCUCUUCUUCCUCUCAGGUGUGCUGCUGUGCUUCGUCUACACGCUGACUCUGAGGGCAAGGCUAUCAGAGCCUGGAGCCUCCGCCCAGAGGGACCACACUCUCGGAGCAGAUGUGAAUAGUGAUGAUGAUGAUGUUGUGGAAGUCAACAUUCGGGAGGUGAUAGGUUCAAAUGAGACGAAGGAGGAGGAGGUUGUCUCACCUGAGAGCAACAAUACUCCUCCGGUGAUAGUUGUCAACAGAACAGAUAUCCAACAGUGUAUCUACGUAGAUCCUCAACCUCCCCUGACUCAACCGCCCCCCACCACCCCUCACCCCGCAGCACAGCCCCCUCACAGGAAGGGCGGUUUUCCAACGGACAUCUUCACAGUGAAGCAACGGCGGCAGGGCUGGGUGGUCCUGCACCUCAUGGGCAUGAUCUACAUGUUUGUCGCCCUGGCCAUCGUCUGUGAUGAGUUCUUUGUUCCCGGGCUGGAGGUCAUCACCAAAAAGCUGGAGAUCUCUGAAGACGUGGCGGGGGCAACCUUCAUGGCGGCUGGAGGCUCCGCCCCCGAGCUCUUCACCUCCCUGAUAGGCGUCUUCAUCUCCCACAAUAACGUGGGCAUCGGCACCAUCGUGGGCUCGGCCGUCUUCAACAUCCUGUUUGUGAUCGGCAUGUGCGCCAUCUUCUCCCGGGAGAUGCUGCACCUGACCUGGUGGCCGCUCUUCAGAGACGUAACCUUCUACAUCCUGGACCUCAUCAUGCUCAUCGUGUUCUUCGUGGACAACAUGAUCCUGUGGUGGGAGAGCAUGCUGCUGGUGCUGGGCUACAUCAGCUACGUGAGCUUCAUGAAGUUCAACAGUCAGAUCGAGCACGCGGUGAAGACCCAGAUCAACAGGCACAUGAGUAUCGUCAAGGUGUGGACCGCGGAUGAUCCAGAGAAGGAGAGUGAAGCUCCACCAGCUCCUCCUGCUGCUACCUCUGCUGCUCCUCCUGCACUCAAAGCUGAAGAAGUGUCCAAACGAGAACCUGAACCUGCUCCCAGCACUCCUCGAGGCAACAAACCACCAUCAGACCCCCAAGAGGACAAAGAAAGACUCAGGGUGCGUCCCGUCCUGCAGCGAGGCGGCAGCUCGGCCUCCCUCCACAACACCUCGCUGAGGAGCACCAUCUUCCAGCUGAUGAUCCACACACUGGACCCUCUGAGAGAAGAGGCAGCCCUUAGAGGGGCCAUGAAAACACCGGGCCUGAGGAAAGCCAGGAGAGAGACGUUCUUUAAUGGUGAUGUUAGAGGGGAGGGGUCAGUACAGAAGAAAGCGAAGAACAAAGUAAAGCCUCUGAAAGUCCCGGUCACGGGCAAAUUAGAGAGCAAGUCCCAUCAUGGCGUCUCUGAAG